AUGGACCAGCACGACCCCGACCUCGAUCCCUUUCAGAUCCCAGACGAGGAUCGACCCACCGCCUCGUCGUCCCCACCCCGAUCGCCACGUCGUCCGGCUCAACCCAUCCCUGCCAGUGCCAGUGACAACAACGCCUCACCCUCGCCCUCGUCCCCCUCGCCUCUUGCACACGACCCGCAUGUGCCCGGCGACGACCUCUCCAGCCCUUUCGCUAGCGCUCUGAAUCUCGACGAUACCACGCCACAGGUCCGCACAGAGCUCCAAGACCACUCUCAUAACCCGCAAAACGACCGAGAGGCAUUCGUAGCCGCCAAACCUGCACAGCCCGCCUCGCCUUCGCACGACUCCGACCACUCCUCCACGCCCCAUUCGGCCACAGGGACGGCAGAGCCUGCGCAGCGUCGCGGACAAGCGCCAUCAGAGUCGCAGUCCAACAUCGUCAAACCCACCGUUGCUCUGCCGCCUUCCACCAUCGAGAUCGUCGAUGCGCAAAAGACGAGCGACGGCGCAUCGUCCUUCAUCGCCUACGUCGUCCGCAACGGAGCAAGCGAGGCCAAGAGGAGAUACUCUGAGUUCGAGGCGCUGCGAGAGGCGCUCGUCAAACUGCACCCGACCAUCAUCAUACCACCCAUCCCUUCCAAGCACACCCUGUCCGACUACGCCGCCAAGCAGAGCAAGGCGAAAGAGGACGCCACCAUCAUCGCCCGAAGGCGGAGGAUGCUGCAGAGCUUCCUUCGACGCUGCGACAACCAUCCUAAGCUUCGCGACGACGAAGUCCUUCGCAAGUUCCUCGAUGGUCGCUACUCGUGGCCCGAAAUCCUCAACUCGCCGCCUCUCUCCCACCUCCCAAAGUCGAACCUAAAGGCGCCAGCGCAGAACCCGGCCGACCCUCACGCCUCGCCUGCGUACGCCUCCCUACCGCUACCCGCGUCGGCCUCGGCUCUAAAGCAGCCCAAUCAGAGGUUCAUCGACUCAGAGGCUUUCACCAAUCGGUUCGCCAACCACCUCAGCGGCAGCAUGGAAAAGGUCAAUCGGCGGCUGAUGCGAAGGUGGACAGAGGCAUCUGGAGACUACGCCGAGCUGGGCGCCAUUCUCAACGGGUUCAGCCUCACAGAGUCAGGAAGCCUAGCCACAGCAAUCGAGCGAACCGGCCAGGCAGCGGAUUCAAUCUACAUCUCAACCGGACAGAUGCUGCGUGACUGGGAGGAGAAGUUCACCGAGCCUCUGCACGAGUACACGCAGUUCGCCGCCAUCCUGCAGAAGCUGCUCAAGUGGCGACAUCUCAAGCACCUGCAGUACGAGCUGGCUCAAGACGCGCUCGAAGCCAAGAAGAUGCAGAUUGUGGAGCUCGAACGGGUCGAGGCAGAGGCCCGAAGACUCGACGAGGCUCUAGAGCGCGGCGGGGCCGGGCUCCUGACAAACGGCAGGGUGACGGGUAGCGGUGUCGACGCCAACGGUAUCAGGGAUAGCGUCGGAUCCAGCUUCCGUCCGCGCACUUCCCUUUACGGCUCUGCUGCCGAGGAAGAAGGACCGUCAUCGAACAAAACCGACGGCCCUGCAGCCACGCAGGUAGAAACUGAUGGCGGUUCGAGGGAACGCACGACGCCAGCAUCUGCGAGCGCAAGCAGGUCUGAAGCGGCAAGACCUACGUCGCCGCCGCUAUCGCCGGGCAAGAGAGCCUCGAGCUCCUCGCGAUCGUCCGGCUACGGUCUGCUCGGCGCAAUCACGCACACCUUCCACAGCGUCAUGGAUGUCGAUCGCGAUGCCAGCCGAAGGAACAACAUCGGCAAGCUCCGGGAGGAUAUCGCCAUGCUCGAGGAAGCGGUCUCCUUGACGGCCAAUGAUCUGCACUUUGCGACCACCGCGAUCCAAACGGACCUGGACCGCUUCCAGCGACAAAAGGUGGCCGACUUCAAGCAGAUGACACUCGAAUUUGCCAAGAUGCAUCGUGAAUACUGCCGACUGAACCUCGAGAACUGGAAAGAGGCAAAGGCGGAGAUCGACAACAUCGAGAAGCCCGAGGGCAUGCCCGAGUCCAGCCUAGUGAGGAAACAGCGCGAGGAUGGCGGCGGAGUCACGGUUCGGAACCGGUCUUAG